CCGACAUUAACGUCUUCGAGAUUCGAGACUAACCAGAGGACCAAAACGAGCAAAGAAAUCGGAAUUCCGCAAGGGGAAAGAAAGGGGAAAAAGGAGAGGAAGAAAUUUGUGGUGUGAGAGGGUAAAAAGGAUUUUCGAAAACCCAUUGGUAGGAGGGAGGGAGAGGGAAGUUGAGCGCACGUUUUUGGUUGCUGUAGGUGGAGGUGGAGGUACUAAUUUAUGCUCGGAUCGGGAGCGGAGCCGACGAAGACGACGGAAGAACUUGUUGGGGAAUGGGGAGGGACAUUGCAGGAUUACGUAUUGACAAGAAGUCCGGCAUGGUCAAUGUGAAGUCAAAUGGCACUAAUCAUGAUGCUGUUCUUGUUUCUCCGAAAGCUGCGCCAGAUAUAGAUGAAACAACAGAUCAAGGAUCGGCUGCUCCAGCUGUCAAUGGGGGACUUCCUGACCAAAUAAACCGUGAUCAAGAUGUGGUAGGUCUGAGAAGCACCAACCGCGAGCCUGAGGAGAAAAUCAUCCAGGCUGAGGAUCAGAGGACACCUGACAAAAAGUUGAGCCCAUCGGUUAAGCCUGCAUUGGGAUCUGCUGUUAAUGGAUUAAAUGAGGCAAAUUCUCCGGAGCCUGUGACACCGGUUGUUGGGGAUGGGAAAGAAUCCCAUACAGGCUAUACUAACGGGACUGAAACCAAUGCCUCCAGUGGAAAAUUUUCAUCACAGGAUGAUCAUGAUGCGCAUACCCCAAAGAGAACUUAUAGAUCACAGCCUCGGUCUCCUUCCAUGUCAGCAAAGCUGCAUUCUCAGUAUAACAAGUUUUAUGAUGAAGAUGAUGCGUCUUCGUUGGCUUCCUCUACUGCAACCUCUGUGCGGACUAAUAAGUCCAGAGUUACAGUCCCAGUUGCUCCAAAAUUUACUGUUAUUGACCGUUUAGAGAGACGCAAGGAGUAUUACUCUAAGUUAGAGGAAAAACACAAAGCCUUGCAGAAGGAGAAGCUAGAUUAUGAAGCUAGAAUCAAGGAAGAGGAAGCAGCUGCCAUAAAGCAACUGAGGAAAAACAUGGUGGUUAAAGCAAAUCCCGUUCCUAAUUUUUAUCGCGAAGGUCCUCCACCCAAACCUGAACUUAAGAAGCUACCGCUUACCCGUCCUAAAUCACCAAAUCUCACUCGAAGUUCUCCCAGAAGGAAGAGCUGCGGUGAUGCCACCCGAGCUUCUUUAGAGGACAAGGGACUCAAUGGGCGUGUCACCCGUCACAGUGUUGGGGUUCUCAGAGACAGUAAAUACUCCCCUGGCACUCCCAAAGGUAAGGAUCGAUCCGGUCCACGAAAAUCAAUUGAAACUAGCAAACUCAAGAAUCGCCCAAAAGUACCCACCGGAAGUCCCAAACCCAAAGAGAUCAGGGACGCUGACAAUGCUGUCGAGUCAUGAAGCAUUUGUCUCCUUGACUCUUUAGGAAUGAACCUUUAACUAUUAGAUUGAACGAAGGGAAAAACAAAACAAAAAAAAAAAAAAAAGGGAAAAAACAUUAAAAAAAAAGAGAUCUAAAAUUUCCUUGUGAUUGAUCUGAAUUGUUUUUUUCUCUCGAAACAUGUCAGAAAGUGGGAAUGUUUUAAAUUUUUGAGUUUGUAUAUCUGUGUUGUGUAAUUUAUGUUAUGUGUCGUGCACUAAAGUAAGGGGUUUGCUGAGCAUGCCUUCCUUUGAUCCUACUGUUUUUACAGCUUCAUGUGAUUUGGUAUUAUUGCAUGUGUGGGAUUAUAUGUAUUUUUGACUGGUGUUGAUGUAGAAGCUUUCUGCCUGCCUAAUGGGAAUAGUGUUUUUUGGGUAGUA